GUGACGCAACCAGGGAGGAGACCUCAUCAACUCGCAAUCAUCCAUAAAAUUCAUUCUUUUUGGAUCAAAAGAAAGAACAUCGAGGGAAAAUGGCCAGUCGAGCACGUGCGAGAUCACGAGGCAGAGCACGUGGCCAGGAGACUGCUGCGCCAGGGAUUCAGGCUCGAGAGCCGGCACCAAAAGUUUCGGAACAAGCGGAGGCUGGGCCGGUUGGCCGAGGGAGGCAGAAGACUGCACCGGUAGCCUUUUCUGAAGAAGCUGCUCUUGAGAUCUCCGCUGGAUUUCACCAGGUGAAAAUAGGCGACAGAGGUGGACGCAGAAGAGAUUUCCAUGAUGCCGGGGUUAACACCCGACAAACGAUGGAGCAUGUCAAAGCUUCAAAGUCUGGAACAAGUGGCUCCCCGAUUCAGUUGUCUGCCAACUUCUUUCGCAUCCUAUCCCGCCCACAAUGGGUUCUGUACCAAUACCACGUGGACUUCAAACCACCAAUGGAGUCCCGGCGUCUUCGAUCGGCCCUUCUAUUCCAGCAUGAGCGAACUCUGGGCAAUGCUCACUGCUUCGAUGGAGGAAUACUCUUCCUGCCUCAAAGACUUCCUAACAAGGUGACCGUGCUGCAAAGUAUGACAAAUAAUGGCGAGAAAGUGGAGAUAACGGUCACCCUGACUAAUGAACUGCCUCCAACAUCACCAGUUUGCCUGCAAUUUUACAACAUUAUAUUCAGAAGGAUUUUGCGACUCCUUGGCAUGCAACAGAUUGGACGCAAUUAUUACAAUGCCAAAGAUCCACUCAGCAUCCCGCAGCACAGACUGACCAUAUGGCCAGGCUACACAGCAACCAUCUUGCAGUACGAGUCGGCCAUCAUGCUGUGUACCGACGUGAGCCACAAAGUGCUGCGUAGUGAGACUGUUCUGGACUUCAUGGCCAACCUGAGGCAGAGGUGUGGACCUCAUUCCUUCACUGAUGUCUGUGCCAAGGAGCUUGUUGGACUCAUUGUUCUCACUAAAUACAACAACAAAACCUACAGGAUUGACGACAUUGCUUGGGAUCAAACACCCUGCAACACAUUUACGAGGGGGGACACAGACAUCUCCUUCAAGAACUACUACAAAAAUCAAUACGGUCUGGAAAUCCAAGAUAGCAAUCAAGUUCUCUUGAUCAGCCACGUGAAGAGGGUCACUCAAGGUCAAACACCUCCUGGACCAGCUUUGCUCAUCCCAGAGCUGUGCUACCUCACAGGCCUGACUGACAGGAUGCGAGCAGACUACACCAUCAUGAAGGACCUGAGUGCGCACACCAAACUGGUCCCAGAACAGAGGGCAGGACGCCUUCUCAGACUUUCUGAGAACAUAAACAAGGACCCCGAAGCCCAGAGAGAGUUGGAGAAGUGGGGACUCAACUUUGACAAGCAGCUCCUAAGUCUGACUGGCAGAGUCCUCCCACCAGAGAGGAUUAUCCAGGAAUCAAGAUCGUAUGGUUACAACCCCCGGACAGCCGAUUGGACGAGAGAGAUGCGUGGGUUGCCUUUGAUUUACUCUCCUCCUCUGCAAAACUGGCUGCUGCUUUACACUCGCCGGAACAACAGGGAAGCGCAAAGCCUCCUGGAGACUCUCUAUAAAGUGGCAGCCCCACUUAGGAUCUCCUUACAAAAAGCGGUCACGAUUGAGUAUGAAGAUCAUCAGGAGUCUCUGCUGAGAACACUGCAGCACAAUGUUAAAGCUGAAACACAGAUGGUGGUCGUGGUCCUUGCCAGCAACAGGAAGGACAAAUACGACAGCGUUAAGAAAUACUUGUGCGUGGAUUGCCCCACUCCGAGCCAGUGCGUUUUGGCUCGCACCGUCAGCCGACCUCAAGCCCUCAUGACUAUUGCCACCAAGAUUGUGCUGCAGAUGUCCUGCAAAAUGGGAGGAGAGCUUUGGAGUGUGGAAAUACCUCUGAAGCAGCUGAUGGUCGUGGGCAUCGAUUGCUACCACGAUAGCGCUGCUGGGAAAAGGUCCAUCGGUGCUCUGGUGGCCAGCCUCAAUCAGAAUAUGAGCAGGUGGUACUCAAAGGUCAAACUGCAAAACAGAGGUCAGGAAAUUAUGGACGGACUGAAAAUGGCCUUUGCUGGGGCACUCAAAGACUUCUACAAAUUCAACAAAUGCUUCCCAUCGCGUAUCAUUGUGUACCGCGACGGAGUGGGCGACGGCCAGCUGCACAAUGUGGUCAAUUACGAGGUGGCCCAGAUCAUCGGGUCCAUCAAGUCCAUGGGCCAAGACUACAUGCCCAAGCUGAGUGUGGUGGUGGUGAAGAAGCGCAUCAACUGCAGGCUCUUUGAGCACAGCAACGGAAAGAUGUUCAACCCGCCGCCAGGGACUGUCGUCGACACUGAGGUCACUCGUCCAGAAUGGUAUGACUUCUACAUUGUGAGCACGGCAGUCCACUCGGGAAGUGUCUCUCCGACCCACUACAAUGUUGUGUACGACACCAGCGGACUGAAGCCUGACCAUAUGCAGCGGCUCACCUACAAGCUGUGCCACAUGUACUACAACUGGCAGGGGAUCAUCGCAGUCCCUGCCCCUUGCCAGUAUGCCCACAAGUUGGCCUUUCUUGUGGGUCAAAGCCUCCACAGGGAGCCCAGCAUGGAGCUCGAUGACCUCCUCUUUUAUUUGUAGAAGAAGGGUGCUUGUUUUGCUGUUUAUAUGUUGUGCAAACUAGUUAAUUGUGGAGAGCCUUUAUAUCUUCGAUUUUGGUUCCAA